CUACUAUAUACUUCAGAUCAUCGAAGAGGAUGAUGGGAGUGAAUGCUAUGUAUUUCGAAAGUGGGGACGAGUUGGCAGUGAAAAGAUUGGUGGGAAGAAACUGGAGGAGAUGUCAAAAACUGACGCAAUACGUGAAUUUAAAAGAUUAUUUCUGGAAAAGACUGGAAACCCCUGGGAAGCAUGGGAACAAAAAACAAAUUUUCAGAAGCAGCCUGGGAGAUUUUAUCCACUUGACAUUGAUUACGGAGUAAGGGAAGCACCAAAACGGAAAGACAUGAGCAAAAUGAAAAGUUCACUUGCACCUCAGGUGCUGGAACUCAUGAUGAUGCUUUUCAAUGUUGAAACAUAUAGGGCUGCUAUGAUGGAAUUUGAAAUCAAUAUGGCAGAAAUGCCCCUUGGGAAAUUAAGCAAGGAAAAUAUCCAGAAAGGAUUUGAAGCAUUAACUGAGAUACAGAAUCUACUGGAUGACACUGGCAAUCAAGAACUGGCUCUUAGAGAGAGCUUGAUUGUUGCUGCAAGCAAUCGUUUCUUCACUCUUAUUCCUUCUGUUCAUCCACAUAUUAUACGUGAUAAGGAUGACUUGACAAUGAAAGCGAAAAUGCUUGAAGCUCUUCAGGAUAUUGAAAUUGCUUCUAAACUAGUUGGUUUUGAUGGUGACAAUGAUGAAUCUCUUGAUGAUAAGUACAAAAAACUUCAUUGUGACAUCACCCCGCUAGCUCAUGAUAGUGAAGAUUACAAGCUGGUUGAGAAAUAUCUCCUCAACACACAUGCUCCUACUCACAAGGACUGGUCAUUGGAAUUAGAGGAAGUUUAUGUGCUUGAUCGAGAUGGGGAAGGCAACAAGUACUCAAGAUAUAAAAAUAAUCUCCAUAACAAGAUGCUAUUAUGGCAUGGUUCAAGGCUGACAAAUUUUAUUGGAAUUCUUAGUCAAGGACUAAGGAUAGCACCUCCUGAGGCUCCUGUGACAGGCUAUAUGUUUGGCAAAGGCCUGUACUUUGCAGAUUUAGUAAGCAAGAGUGCACAGUAUUGUUAUGUGGAUAGAAAAAAUCCGACCGGCUUGAUGCUUCUUUCUGAGGUUGCUCUAGGAGACAUGCAUGAACUGAAAAAAGCCACGCCAAUGGACAAACCUCCAAGAGGAAAGCAUUCGACCAAGGGCUUAGGAAAAACUGUGCCGCUAGAGUCAGAGUUUGUGAAAUGGAGGGAUGAUGUCGUCGUGCCUUGUGGCAAGCCAGUGCCAGCAUCUAUCAGGGCAUCUGAGCUUCUGUACAAUGAGUAUAUAGUCUACAACACAGCCCAGGUGAAGAUGCAGUUCUUGUUGAAGGUCAAAUUCCGUCACAAGCGUUGAUUGGGAAGCUAGGCGAGUAGAGUUGGACUGUUAGUUGAAGAAUCUUUGGUGUCAGUACUCAGUAGCUAGUCUGCACUGUUUCAUAUGCAAUGGCAUCGGUGAAUUAUUCCGCAGCUUAAGGUAGGUUGUGCGGUAUCCCGCAGCUUAAGGUAGGUUGUGCGGCUCUCGCGUUUGAUCCAUUUUGGGAAUAUGGCAUGGGCAUCGAGUGUGAGUGGCGCAAGUAACUCCCCUUGUUGUCCCCUGUUGAUGAUGGAUGCUCAAUCUUUAGGAACUGCUGCUUUUCCUGAUGUUUGCUCUGCACA